AUGAGCCCCCCGAGAGUCUCUCGUUUCCUCGACCCCGCUAUGGCGGCCCUCACGAAGCACAAGGCUGAAGCCAUGAAGCUCGCACGCGAGCAAAGCUCUGCAGUCCAGGAGAUGUGCCGCAGAGCGAAGACUGAAGUCCCUCCGUAUGAAUUCGAGGAAUUGAUCGGCAAAGGCUCCUAUGGUCGGGUCUACAAAGGCCACCAACUCCCCUCUCGCAAACUCGUCGCCAUCAAGGUAUUGGACAUCGACUCAAUCGACUACAAAUCUCUUCGAGACUUUCGAGAUGAAUCGAUCAAGGACUUUGUUCGUGAGGCCAAAGUGAUGAAGCAGGUCAAAGACUCGGGCGCGAAGAACAUCAACGAAAUCAUUGAGGCUAUCUCCAUCCAUUCACAGCUGUGGCUAGUUUGUGAAUAUUGCCCUGGUGGCAGUGUUAGGACUUUGAUGCGUGCCACUGAUGAUCGUUUGGAAGAGAAAUUCAUCAUCCCAAUUGCACGUGAACUAGCGGCUGGCCUCCGUGCGAUUCACAAGGCCGGCAUCAUCCAUCGAGACAUCAAAGCCGCGAACGUUUUGAUUCACGAAGAAGGAAAUCUCCAGAUUUGCGACUUUGGUGUUGCUGGCGUCCUUCAGUCUCAGUUGGACAAACGCUCGACCUGGAUCGGAACCCCUCAUUGGAUGCCGCCAGAGAUGUUCUCGACCCGUGGCGAAGCUCAUCAGUACGGAAGUGAAAUUGAUGUUUGGGCGUACGGCUGCACACUUUUUGAGAUUGCUACGGGCAAUCCUCCCAACUCGAACCUUCGGGAGCGCAUGCAGAUUGGGAGACAGCUGAGCCGCAGCGCGCCUAAACUGGACAACGCUAAAUACAGUGAUGGCCUCAAGAGUCUCGUCUCGUUCGCCCUGCAAUCGAACCCCAUCUCUCGACCCGCGAUGGCAGACAUCCUCACCCACUCUUACAUUGCCGACACCGAAGAAACUCAUCCCACCUCGUCCUUGAGCGAGCUUGUCCGAAUGUAUUACCAGUGGUCACAAAGGGGCGGACAGCGCAUCUCAUUGUUUCAUCCAGGCGGUGCUGCUGCUGCAGAAAUGCCAGAUACUGAACCAAGCGACGAGGAUUGGAAUUUCAGUACCACCGAUGGUUUCGAGCGUCGCUUCUCCGUCCUCGACCUCGAUCAGCUGGCAGCCUCUAUCGCUGAGCUGGAGGCAGAAAUCAGCCCUACCACCAAACCUCAAUCCAUGCCAGACAUUCCUGAUGAACCGGCCGAGAAGGAAAUGACAAUCGAAGACAAAGCAAACUUUGAUGAGCGAGUUCGCCGUGGUGCGGAAGCCAUGGAAGGUCUUUUCAACGAAGACAAGCCGAGCUAUACCUACGAAACAAAGAACGACUUCGUCCCCAUUGAACCUAAACCCCCCGUAUCUGACCUCCCUCUGCGCACAGACACCGACCGCUCUUCCGUCACUUCCACCUUCAUUGACAUCGACAUCGGCUCUUUUGACUCGGCGCACUAUGCGGCAGGAGCUUCAUCUGCGCAGCCCUUCCAGCUCGCAGACGCCGAUACUAUUCGUGCAAACAGAUCCAGCGGUCGUCAACAGCGCAAUUCCACCGACGGUCGCUCUCGUUCUUCAAGCAGCGGUCUCAGCAGCACUCGUGAUGCUGACGAUGUUCCAUUUCAACCAUCAACCGGCCCGCGACCCCCCACCAUGGACUGGAAGUUCCCAGUUUUCAUGCAGCCUGCCACUGAGGAUCCAGAGCCCGAACCCACGUCCGAACCUGAGCCAGCGCCAGGGCCUAAGCCAGUUGAGCCAGACACCUCGGAGAAGCGCGCUACGAUGGAAUGGACAUUCCCUGUGAUGACUGCUCCUGCCAACACUGUACCUGUGAACAACGUAAGCGAUGCCGAUGUCAGUCGCGACAACACUUUGAAAGCCCCUAUCAUGGACUUCCAGAACUCAGACACCGUACGACACUCGAGCAUCGGUGAACCUGGCGAUUCCCGACCCUCGACGUCGCGAUCCGGCGAUUCCAACGUGUCUGCCAACUCUGAAGCCGACUACGAUCCUUUCCGAUUCGACCGUCCCUCUACACCCCCGGGAGCUCCCGCUGCUGGCGAGCCCAAGACCUUCAACGAGUCGGACUUUCCUACAAUGUCAUUCGGCGAAGAUGAAGAGCCACCCGUUCUUGACGGCCCAGGGCCAGAUGAGGAGGAGGAGUCGACUCCUGCCUGGCAGAACAAUUCCGGGCGAGUACACUCCCACUCGGAGCCAUUCCCCACCGCUAUCCCCGUUAAAGAGCUCGAUCUGGCGCCGUUUCCCUCUACGACAGACUCUCCUACCUCCGAGCCUCUUCCCACCACUCGACGCACCCUUCCGAUUCUAUCUACCGAAGACACAGAGCCAAUACGGUUUCCCGACGUCCCCAUUCCCCGGCUUGAUGCUUUGACCGAAGGAACCGGUGAAAACGCCAUCAGGGAGGAACUGGACAGAAUGCUGGAUGGCUUCCUACUUGCUCUCAACGCGACGGGUCGCGCAAUUUCUCAGACUACGGUUGGGCCUGAGGCGGAAGUCAACUCUGACAUUGUUUCUACUCCGGAACACUCCGAGUGA